AUGAUGACCAUUACGUCCUCCGACUUUCGCGUCUUCAACUGCUACCUCUUCAUCAAGUGGCUCUCCAGCAUCGUCGUACGCUCCAUUUUCACAAAGAUUACCAUUAUACAUGAAGAAAGACUGCCCUUGUACGGGCCUGUGAUUGUAGUUGGGAACCACAACAACCAGUUUCUCGACGCAGCACUCUUGAUUUACGCAAUACCAAGACAAAUUAGCUUCAUCAUUGCAGCAAAGACUCUCAAAAGAAAGCUUAUUGGUACCCUGGCAUCCUUAGCUGGCUGCAUCUCAGUAUACCGCCCAGAAGACCUAAAAUAUAGCGGAGUUGGAACAAUCACAUGGGAAAAUGACUCCACUGUGUUGGUCGGGAAAGACACCAAAUUCCGGGUGGAUUUAAGUAUUGGUGACAAGAUAGUUUUUGGACCACAUAGGAUACCUGUGCGCGAUAUUGUUUCUGAUACAGAAUUGAUACUAGAAUCACCGGUCCCUCAAACAUGCUCCGAUAAGCAACAUGGGGAGCCAUUUUUAAUUGUACCAAAGGUUGACCAAUCAGAGGCAUACCAGGCUGUUUCAGCAUCCUUGAGAUACGGUAACGCUAUUGUGAUUUUUCCAGAGGGUGGGUCACAUGAUAGAACAAACCUUCUCCCCCUGAAGCCUGGAGUUGCUCUCAUGGCAUUCAAUUCCCUCUUGGACGGAGCUGAGGAUGUCGUUAUCGUUCCCGUUGGACUCAUUAGCAAUAACCUUCGUAAUGAUCAAUCGUACGCAACAAUUUACUAUGGAAAUGCUAUAACUAUAACAAAGGAGGAUAUCGAGGAAUUUCAGGUGGAUAGACGCGCAACAGUAAGCAAAAUUUUGGGACAGAUUGAAACAGGAUUAAAACACUGCAUGAUUACAGCUCCUAAUAUCCGCAUAAAGGAAUGGAUCGAUUUGUGCGCGAGUCUAUACCCACCAGAGAGGAGUUUAAUUCCCACAAGCAUUGCAUUCGAGCUCAGGCAGAUCAUAUCAACAAUUUUUUGGAAACAUGAGGAUAGCCCUGAAACUCAACAACUGAUUGAACAUCUCUCUGGAUAUCAAAAGAGACUGGAUAACAGCUUUUUGCGUGAUGGAGAAGUAUGGCUUUUGAAGCAGUCGUUGCACUCGGCAAUAUUGCUCCUUAUUGAGAAUACCGUUCGCCUUGGAUGUUAUGUUCUCAUGGGCCUCUCCUUUGCUCCCCUGUGGUUCCCACUUUAUGCUAUAUCAAAGGUGUUGGCUGAACGUCAUAGGAUAAAAGCCUUAAACAAUAGCUCAGUAAAGCUCGAUGCAUCAGAUGUGGUAGCUAGCUACAAGAUGUUAGUUCUGAUUGUGAUUGUUCCGCUUUUCAACUUUUGUUACGGGUUUUUGUUAGGCCUUUGGCUUUACGUGGAACUCAAAAAGAUUCUAAUGGUUACCCUGGCAUGCAUGGUAACAUUACCGAUUUUUUAUUAUAUAAACUUGAAGUACGCUAGGAAAAUACCCCGAUUGCUGAGGCAACUGCAUGUUGUUCCCUUGAUUGUGAUUGGAAAGAUAAAUACAUGGAGAGAGACAGAAAGAGAGUUAAUCACUAUGCGUACCGAACUUCAGCUACUGGUACGAGAAUUUGUACACAAAAUGGGUCCAAAGGUGUCUGAGACGUUUUUGGAUGAUCUUGGUGCCGUUAUCCCCAGGGUUUUGGUGGAUGCUGACACAAGUAGAUUGAAACGAAUAAAGGACCAUUGGAUGCCAAUUUUUGUCAGAGAUUUUUCAGAAAUUAGGGAAGAAAUUCUAUAAACAAUUCACUCGCGUUUGUCAUUUUUGAUUCCCCAGUUCACACUUUGCAUGUCGUAUAGUUGGUUUUAAU